UGGACUUUAAACUCCAACAUCUCUCGUGCAGCCAUUUCCCCAAGAGCUGCGGGGAGGCAGGCAGGCGGCCAUUGGGCUCAGAGGGUAACAAUGGCAAGGUGCUCUUGGAAAAUAUUGUUUCUUCUCUCUGCCCUUUUCCUCCAGACAGAGCAGACAGUGUUUAUAUCGGCUGAUGAUGCAAACAACGUUAUCAAGAGACAGAGGCGUGCCAGUUCCCUACUUUUGGAGGAGGUCCUCCAAGGCAGCUUGGAAAGGGAAUGUCUUGAAGAGAGAUGUACAGAAGAAGAAGCAAGAGAAGUAUUUGAAAACGAUGAAAUGCUCAAAAUGUUUUGGGAUGGCUACUACGGUGGCAGGAGAUGCUCAUCAAGCCCCUGUCAGCACAACGGCGUGUGCGAGGACAGCAUUCGCAGCUACACCUGCACCUGCGCCGAGGGCUACGAGGGAGAGAACUGUGCUUUCGCUAAAAACGAAUGUCGCCACCAAGCAAAGGAAGGAUGUGACCAUUUCUGCUACCCGGGAAGUAAUUCCUACCGCUGUUCCUGUGCUGAUGGCUACGAGCUCGGGAAGGACAAAAAACAGUGCAUCGCAUUAGAUCAAUGUGCAUGCGGCAGACUUCAAGACAGUGAUAAUCUGUUAAGUGAAACCAGGAAGAAACGUGAUGAGCGAUUUCCUUGGCAGGUCCUGCUGCUGAACUCAGAAGGAAAGGGCUUCUGCGGAGGAGUGCUGCUGAAAAGUAACUUUGUAGUGACUACAGCAGAAUGCGCCCUUCUGCACAGCCAUUUCGAAAUCAGGGUUGGUGCUGGGCCUAAUGGAACAAGUGGAACUGAGAAGACAAUGCAAGUUAGCAAGAAACACAUACACAUCCGUUAUGAUGAAGACACCGGUGAGAACAACAUUGCAUUGCUACAACUCCAAGAGCAUGUUGAGUGCAACAACCACCAGCUUCCUGUGUGCACCCCUGAAAGAGACUUUGCAGAACACAUUUUAAUUCCAAAAUUGGCUGGUAUGGUCAGUGGCUGGAGAAUGGAAGGCAAUGAACUUCAAGGUGAUGAGUUGCAGGUUUCAUACCUUCCUGCUGAGGACUGCAAACAAAUACUCAACAUAAGCCUCACAAACAGGCAGUUUUGUGGACACCUCCAGAAGCCUGUAGACAAACGACUGGCUGGAGGAAGCUUUUUAGCUACCGCGUAUAAGGGCACUUGGUUUCUAACUGGUAUCCUGGGAUCUUGGCCGCUAGAAGACACUGACUGGGAAACAUUCCUAUUCACUAACACCGCGAGGUAUACGAUAUGGUUUAAACAAAAAAUGAAAUAAGACACAAACACAACCAACCCUCCAGCACUAAACCCCUACCAAUCACUGCAAGGAAACACCUUGAUGCAGCUAGUACACCCAUUUGACUCUGUCAUGACUUGCAGCAAUGGAAGUUGCAACAAUGAUAUGUAUAUAACUCCAAUUCAUACAGAAAAACGCAUCUGUCUCUCCUUCUUCUGCUGACACACAGUACUGUGAAAGUCAUGAUGCGGUAAAUCUAGUUAUUUUACUAAAAACUGACUGAACUUUUAAGUUUCUAAAACUCAAAAAGCAUUGCUGUUUUUCUGGGAUUUUAAAUGUUGCUAGAAGAAAAUGAGUCUCUCUAACUCUUGUUACCCUGAGGUUUGAUUCAGCAAAUUCAUCUUCUUAUUUCAGCAUCCAUAUAAGUAAAACUUAUGAAGACCAGGGGAACUCCAAGCCUUUAAACACCUAUGUUGAUGUAGGACUUGACACUCUCAUCACACUAAAAAAUGCUUCCCUUCAUACAUGGUACCUGUGUUUUCCCUUAUGAAUCAUGUCCAUGUCAGUUAGUGGGUAAAAUAAAACCAAACUCUCAAAGA